AUGUCUUCAAGGAGCGAUUAUGAUUUCUCGAAGGAACAUCAAGCUGAAGAACGCAAACUUAUCGAUGAAAUUCGUUAUAAGCGAGUAUGCAUAGAGACAGUAUCGGAGUUCCUAGAAAAGGAAGAUGUUCAACACGGAAUACGUGGCUUCGCGACGCUUCGUGAAUUAAUACUGUCAGGAAUAGUCGCCUUAAUGACGAAUUUACCAAAAUUCGAGGAAGAAGACCCAAUUUUUUUGCCAAUUGGGAAGCAACGCUCUGCAAAAGCCACCUGGAAAGAAUGUCUCGAAGUGGACCAUGAUGCUGAAAGAAUUCGAAGUACAUCCGUAAAGUUGUCCAUGGCUUACGAGGUGUACGGCUUCUUAUCUUGUCUGAGCAAUACUGUUAUCUCGAAAGAACUUUUGGAGAAGAUGAGCAGGGUGUUCUAUUGGAACCAAGCCACACCGCCGAUUUUAUUCGAAAAGAGUUCUGGAAUUCUUAGACCAAUUCAGACGUCAAGUGCAGAACGAAAUCGAAGAGGCAAAGCGCCAAGAAGAAUAUGA